AUGAACAUUUUGAGAAGGACAUUCUCCACUGCAAGACCACUAAAAUCUGCUCUAUAUGAUGGUACAGCAUCGUCUUUGGCCAAGAAUGAAUUCAAUGAUAAAUUAUUAUCCAGAGAUAUUCCAACUGUUAAAUUAGCUUAUGAUUUAAUUAAUGAUAAAACAAAUACUUUAAAAGAAGGUGCACCAAUAUUGAUUUUACAUGGUGUCUUUGGAUCAAAAUCAAAUAAUAGAAGUAUAGCAAAACAAUUAAACUCAAGAUUAGAAAGAGAUGUUUAUACAAUAGAUUUAAGAAAUCAUGGUGAUUCUCCUCAUAAUAAAAGACAUGAUUAUCCUGCUUUAGCUGCUGAUGUUGAACGUUUCAUCGAGGAUAAUGAAUUACCAAAACCAAUCAUUAUUGGACAUUCAAUGGGUGCUAAAGCUGCUAUGGCAUUAAGUUUAAGAAGACGUGAUUUAAUUGAAAUUUUGGUUAGUGUUGAUAAUUCACCAGUUAACUUACAACCAUCUUCAUUAUUUCCUAAAUAUGUUUCAAUCUUGGAAAGAAUAGUUAAUGAUAAAGAUAUCAAAACAAAUAAAGAAGCUGAUCAAUAUUUUGCCAAAUUUGAAAAAGAUCAAGUUGUUAGACAAUUUUUAUUACAAAAUAUUAAAAAAAAUAAAGAAACUGGUCAAUUAGAAAGUAGAAUUCCUUUAGAUAUAAUGAAAAAUGCAUUAGUUAAAGGUGAAAUUGCAGCAUGGGAAUUUGAUUCAAAUUUUUCAAGAUGGAUGGGUCCUUCAUUAUUCAUAAGAGGUACAACUUCAAAAUAUGUACCAGAUGAUUAUAUUCCAGAAAUUGGUAAAUUUUUCCCAAAUUUUGAAAUUCGUGAUAUUGAAGCAGGUCAUUGGGUUAUGGCUGAAAAACCAAAAGAAACUUUAGAUGUAUUGAUUGAUUAUAUUGAAAGAAAUGAAGACAUAUGA